AUGACGCACCAGAGGCGGAGGGCUGUGCUCGGGCUCGUCCUGGUGGCCCUGGUUUUUCGAAGCCUCGGGGGCCCCCAGAGUUUCGUGGGCUCGGCCCGUCCGCGAGCGCGCAGCGAGGGACGAGGCCUGGUGGUCCGGGAAAGCUUCCAGAACCCCUUGGCGGGCCCGGAUGGCAAGAUCGACCAGAAGAAGGUCGACGCCGCGCUUUCCACGGGCUUAGACAUCGCGAAGAACGUCCUCUUCGCGCUCUUCGACAUCUUCAAGGAGCCACCACAGGAAGCGACGGGGAAGGAUGCCCCCGGGCUCCUUGCUCUGGGCAGCGGCGGCGUGCUCGAAGCUUUGAAGGGCUGUGAGGUCCAGUCGGUGAAGGACGCCUCUGCCAAGGAUGCCGCAGCCCUUUGCGCGUCUAAGGAUGGGGGCCUAGCCGUCUUCUUCCUCACACACUUCGGUGAUUUUAACUCUUGGGAGGUAGCACAGCAACUGCGCACUGCCAUCAGGGAGGGCCGCACAGGCUCUGCCCGGGUGGUCAUGGUGGGGAUCGGCUCAGUGGACUCUGGCAAACUCUUUGCAGAGCAGCUGGAGUUGCCGGAUGCCUUGGAGAUCUACGCGGAUCCCACGGGUGCUUGCCACCAAGCUUUGGGCUUCAGCACUGGCGCGCUGCCACAGUACAAGGAGAGCCUGAACCCCUACUUCCGAGUCUUCUUGAUGCUCCUAGGCGUCGGCUCACCCGGUACAAUCCGGACAGUCUUGGGCGGCUACUUCGGCAACACAGCCUUGGCACUGGAUGAGACUUCUUGGGUUGACGAGGCACUGAAGCAGGGCGCCCAGAAGGGUCGUUUCCCGACCUCAGUUCCCCGACGCCUGCCAUGGGAAGAGAAGCCUGCAGAUGGCGGCCCCGAGUGGGUGGAGCUGGCGACCGCGGGCUCGGAGGUCUGGAACAAUCGUGGCUUCGGGGAGACCGGCCUUCGACCCUUCGAGCUGGCGACGGUCCGGCUGCAGAACAUGAUGGGUGGAAUCAUCGCGAACUGGGACAGCCUAAAGCCCGCAGACGACGAGCUCCUGGUUCAGCAGGGUGGCGCCGUAAUCUUUGACGGCGAGGAGGUCAGCUACUUCUUCCGAGAUAAGGGCAUCCUCACCUAUGCACCUGUGACGACAGCUCUUCAGUCACUACCCAAGAAGUGA